AUGCCUCACUCCCAAUAUUUCCAGAAGCGCGAUCCCAAUUUUCAGCACAAGGAUAAUAACGCUUUGCAAAUCGAAUUCGGACGUCUUGCCAACCGUCAGGGCUGGACUAAAAAGAACCAAAAAUAUCCGCGCCAGUGGGAAAAGUGCCUCAGGGAGGAGUUUGCAUACCAUGUUUAUCAGAUUGUAGACGAACAUGGUGACAAACUUUCCAACUUGAGGCUGUUGUGUAAGAGAUAUUUGAACGAAACGCCGGCGUCUAUCACGGCAUGUAAGAAGGCACUUAGACGCGUCCAUAUUAAUUUGCUGGAUUGGAUCGAGAGCCAGCGCCGUGGUGACGAGCCGCGUGUUUUCCAGUCAGAAAAACAUCUGCAGAAUUACACCCGAGAACACAAAAGAUAUUUUCCAAAGAAGAUCGCUGAUAAUGUCCCGAUUAUGAAAGUCUUCCUAAGGGACAUUUAA